UGGACGUUUGGACAGUUUCCUUUCUCGCGCCGGUCGAUAAUGUUGGCCAACUAACACCGACCUGUAGAACGUCACCCGUAACAAACCCUAACCGCAACCAGUCCAAGCAUCCAAGAUGGGCCAGAAAUUUCCGCGCACCGACUUCGAGUGGGUGUACACGGAGGAGCCGCACGCCUCGCGGCGCAAGAUCAUACUGGAGAAGUACGCGCAGAUCAAGAAGCUGGUUCUGACGCAGAUCCUGGCGCUAUUCGUCGUGAAGGACCUGUCGUGGUCGUGGCUCAUCGUGGCCGCCUACUGCUUCGGCGGCAUCAUCCACCACUCGUUGAUGCUGGACGUGCACGAGAUCUCGCACAACCUGGCCUUUGGACACAGCAGACCUUUGCACAACCGGAUCCUGGGCUUCAUCUGCAACCUGCCCAUCGGGUUGCACAUGAGCAUUUCCUUCAAGAAGUACCACCUCGAACAUCACCGUUACCAAGGUGAUGAGACAAUUGACCUGUUUGACACCACAUUUGGAAAGUUUCUGUUUUGUUUCCGUCCACUGGUGAUUAACCCGAAGCUACCUACACGCCUGGAGAUUAUUAUCACCGUCGUGCAGCUGACUUUCAACGUCCUGAUCGUUUACUUUCUGGGCUGGAAGCCACUGGCCUAUCUGUUGAUCGGCAGUAUUCUAGCCAUGGGACUGCACCCGGUGGCCGGACACUUUAUCUCCGAGCACUACAUGUUCGCCAAGGGCUUUGAGACGUACUCCUACUAUGGUCCGCUCAACUGGAUCACCUUCAAUGUGGGCUACCACAACGAGCAUCACGACUUUCCGGCGGCAAAGCGCAUCGCCAAGGAAUUCUACGACACAAUGCCACAGCACACCAGCUGGACUCGGGUUCUGUUCGACUUCAUCAUGAACCCAGCAGUGGGACCUUACGCACGCGUGAAGCGACGCCAGCGCGGCCUGGCCUCCUAAGCCAUCGAUGCUAUUCAAGGUUUCCUGCCAUGAAUGUAAUCUCAGCGUUAGACCUAAAACGGUUUUUUUUAUGUAUAUAUACAUCGUAGAGGCAUUUACAGCGGAUGCAGAAGAAAUAAGGGGAACAACCACACACAUAGCACCAGCUAAUCUCUAGUGUGUAAUACUUGUCCUAUUAUACUAUUGUCUUAGUAUUUUCGAUACAUAUUUAUAUUGCUUUCAGAUCAUUUAUGUGCAGACACGAUUUGGUGUGAUCAAUCUUAAUCCUUAUCGCCGCCACCCUGGCCGACAGCAAGCCACUAAUCAAGCAACCAACUACUAAAAACUACUACUAAACUGUUACCUAAGAAUAAAGUCUAAAUAAUUUGACCGGGGUGGCUGCAUGUACAGAAUACACUAUAAAAUUUGUAAGCAAACUAAUGAA